AUGAUGUCGUACCGACACAGCAUUGCUAGCACGGCUAGCGAGGAGGGAUCCUGUGAUGUAAACAAUAACAAUAUGCUCAGCGCAGACAAUCUGCUACGGUUGGCGCUGAAGAAACCAAAGAGCUGGAAAUGGGAACUGACGACAUCCAGUUCAUCGCCCAACAUAAGCUUUCCAAAGAUACAGCUCUUCGAUGGCGUUAGCGGGGAGCUGAUGGUGGAAGUUGAUCGACCGGACUGCGUUAUACGAUCGGAUUGCACGGACGUUGGGCGUGGAUCUGCCGAACAGCCGGUACUGAUGCAGAGCAGUAGCAGCUCCAGGGAGGCAGAAUCCCGCCAGGGUCGCUAUCGGCGUUCACGCACAUCCUUGGUGAAGGAGAAGCUAUCCACAUCCGGUGACUCGCUGGCCGACAUUUUCAAUCAGCUGCAAAACAAAGGGCUCGGUCACAAACUGUCCACGAGUGGUUCACAGUACAAACUGCUCAACGGAGACGUGGAGGAGGAGGAGGGCCGGGGAUCAUCGCUGCAGAAGAGCAAAUCGGCAAAUGCUAUCGGUACGCAGGAAGCUCCCCCGAUCGUCCGACGUCGAUCGCGCCGCUCGUUGGCCAGCCGGUCCAGCUCGAUUCUGGAGCGCAUCAGUGAGUUCUACGGUCGAAGUUCGACCGAGGAGGAAGACGCACGAGACUUGCAGCUAGUGCUGCCACCCGUUCCACAGCUCGCACUGCCAGCGAAUGACUCACCGGCACAGCCACCAUUGCCCGACGGUGUAACGAUCGAAGAGAUUCCAGCCGACCCAUCAACCACUCCUAUCAAAGCUCGGCCCAAAAUCUACAAGCUUGUCCGCAGCCACAUUGGCACGCUGAUGGUGCGCGAGGAGAGCUUUCACACGCAACGUAGCUUAAGACGCCGGCAGCGAGAAAACGGUGAGCUCGCACCAUCCGCCCAGGACUCGGAGCGGUUGGUAGAGCUAGACGAAUGGACGGAUCGACCACGUCCAGCGGACACUGGGGAGGUGGAACGGUUUCGAUACGAGCGCGAAAUCAACCGCAUCGAUGGACUCCUGUCGCGCGUCAUGCUUUCGCACGAUCUGCAAACGGAGGAAGAGCACCGGGAGGCACCGAGCAUACGCAUCACAGAACCGCCGGAUGUGGUGGAGUCGCUGGAUGGGUGCACGGCUCACCAGAACGGUACGUCGCACCGGAAGCGCCGCACAAGGCGUAGCGUAAGCGUGGGCGGUAGCAUCCACUCGCCCCACCGUCGAUCAAUAUCGUCCCAAGCCAAUGGGCAUCGGUCGGCAUCCAGUUCCUCCACGUCGGACAUGGAGCAAGACACUAGCAGACGGGACCAGCGCACCGGAAGCUCCUCACGAUCGGGUUCGCAGAAGCGCCGAGGUCGAACGCGUCAUCGUACGAACGCUCCAGACAGCAGUGCACGUGCAGCGAUCAGUAACGGUGACCAGCUCGUCAGCCGAACCGGCGAACCCGAACGGCCUCCGGUAGCGGAGCGUUCCGAGUCAUCGGUACAACGCGACAAUAGUGAUGCUGCACGUAUUGAAUCUAAACCACCGGAGCCAACAGCACCAACCGUGUUUAGUAAUGAUCGAAGAGCCGAGGAGCGCCCUCUAGUAGGAAAUCGAACGGAGGUACGAACGAAGCCAAAGCAGAACAGUAACGGUUCGUCAACUGUCACGGUUUCUUCCUUUCUCGCUGACAGUUACAACACAUCUGACAAAGUCAUCCAGAAGCUCGUCCAAAGUCUUGGUAGAUCUCUGAACGCGUGUAAGCGCGAUCGUCUUGAGGCAAAGCGAAAAGGUAGCUCAUUCUGGUUACGGCACGUACCGGGCUGUUGCUGCGGGUCGGCAAAAUCUGUCUCACCUCCUGUGAGAGACUCGAUCAUCUCCGAAACAGACAGCUGUCUGCGCUUCCGUAACGCGCGUAACCGUUUGCCGCCGAGUGUUUGCACUGAAUCGUUGCUCGAUCGAACUACACCCAUCACCGAUCGGAAGGGUACGGACGAGGAGGAAGACGACGACGAGGACGAAGCGGACGGCGGGUACGUUCGAAGGGAUUACUACGGAAGUGUAUACUGCAGCAAUGGAUCGACGCACGGUGGGCGGUUCGUACACGAUCGGCAGCUACUGGAGUUUCCGGAGGUUGAACCGACAGUAGAGCUUACCUGUGCGUAUCAGCAACAACGCAACCACCCCGGUGACGACGACAAAUACGAAGAAAACUACAACGAACACGAAUACGACGAGACGGGGGAUCAAACGUGCGCACUGCAUCGAAGUGCCAGUGAACGACACGAUCGCAACCGGUACAUCCGAUCGAAUAUGGGAGCUAAUGUGUCCUCCGCUGGUCGACAGAACGCGAAAGGACUGACUAGUGGACGACGGGCCCAAUCAAUUGAUAAUCUUAAGUCAGACACAACACAAUAUUUCCAUCAGUACAACAACAACAACCACGGCGAUACGUUCCAUCAUCAAACCUUUCUAGCGGACAGUGCUGGCAGUAAUGCUGAUGGGGGUGGCGAGGAUCUCGAGAAGCAGCCACCUCCACCGGAUUUGGCCUGUCUCCCCGGUACCGGUCAGCUACUCCACACCGACCAGCAAGAUCUGCAGCAGUUGCAGGAUCAGGUCAUCUACGUCAGCCGCAAAGAUCGUAACAAAUUCUGCGGCAGUUUGCCAAACCAUCUCGAUCUUGAUGCGUCCACAAUCGACCGGGACUGCGAGGCCAUCGUCAAACAGAACGAAUUUCUGCAGGCGAAUCUGAAAAAUGUACAACAGCACCAGCAACAACAGCAGCAGCAAACUGCAUCACGAACCCUUUACAGUCAACCGGGGGGAGAAAAUCCACCACCUCCGAACGGGUCACACGCGCCACACCAACAACUAACAUUCGGUGGAAGCGUCCCGGUUCCUGAUCAUCCAUCGGUAGCUUCGUUGCAACAUUUGCAUGCACAGUUACCAACAUAUCAGCAACAACAGCAUCACGGUUCACCGCUGCUGCGCUCCAACCCUGCGACGAUAGGGACUACGAACGCUGUUCCUGGCACUGUUGGAUCCGGAGCUGUCGGGGGCGAUGGUGUAGGAAACAGCACAUUCCGAUCGUCAGACGCCAAUGUCAGCGGUCAGCAGCAACACCAAGCCACGGCAACAAUCCCAAAUCUGCAGCUGAAGUUGCCCCUGCACCGGACCGCGAUCGAUGCCGGGUGUGAUCAGGGCUACGGCAGCGAACGAUCACCGGAAGACGAUCUGCCACCGCCAUUGCUGCUGAUGCACGAAACACAGUACAUCGAGAUUUUGGCCUCAUCCUCCACCUCCUCAAUAUGCGCCACCGCCGCACCAUGCCAGCAGCCGCCGGUGGAGCAGCAAGCGGAACAGCAGCAACCUUGCUGGACGCAUGGCACCGACCAGGUGGUCGUCGGACCGUACAGUUUUAUUACCAAAGAUUCCAUAUUCUUCGUCCAGGUGUCCAAGGGCUCCCGUGGUCUUGGCUUUUCGGUGUCAGGUGGGUCCGAUUCGUCCGCACCGUAUCCGGGACUGAUCCGUAUCAAGCGGCUCUUCCCACACCAGGCAGCAUGGGCGACGGGGAUGCUCCAGCCAGGAGACAUUCUUCUCGAGGCAAACGGUGUCCCGCUUACAGGACUCACAAACUAUCUUGCACUGGAAAUUUUGCGCAAAGCGACAAACGUCGUAACGCUCACCGUUUGCCGACCAAAGGAUGAACAGUAUCGCAAAUUAUCGCCGCCGACUGAACCACCCAGACCACCGCUACGCAAUGCCCUCUCGUACGACCAAGGACAUGGAUCGAAUUCAGUACCACAGUCACCGCUUCCGGUCGCCAUUCCUUUUAAACAACAACAGCAGCAGCAACAGCAAAUCCACCAUUUCUUCCCUCCUCAAAAUAGCAGGAAUUCGCAGCUGCCAUCGAUGGCAGGUUUUCUGCCAUCACUCGAUCCCAUACAAACUAACUUCAAUGGGGAAUUCGAAAUUGUACUGACGAAACAGCAAGGUUCGCUUGGGUUUACAUUGCGCAAGGAGGACGAAUCCGUGCUGGGUCACUACGUGAGGGCACUCGUUCGCGAGCCGGCCCUGAGCGAUGGGCGCAUUCAACCGGGUGACAAGAUAGUCGCCGUCAACGAUGUGCCGGUUUCGUCCAUGACCCACGAAGAGGCUGUGAUAUUUCUACGCCAGGCAGCCGACGUAGUGCGGCUUCGGUUGUACCGUGAUCAGGCUCAGACACCGCUCUCGGCCCAUUCGCCAAGCGAGCCAAGCAUCAGGGACCGGACAAGAUUGUUUCUACGCCCGGAAGCGAUCAAUCUGCUGAGCGAGCUCGCCGCCAGUCGGUUUCAUCGUGCCGCUGCUGGUUCUGGGUCGUCAGUAACAUCAAGCCACACGAAUUCACCGAGACGUUUGCGUCGUGCCGGUGCACACCAGGCCGGCUUCGACAAUAAUGGCUUCCACCAACAGCAUUCCAACGACACGUUCAAUUAUUCCGACAGCUGUUCCAAUGCAUCCACCAUUGUCAGCCAAGCCGUGGAUGAUCUGGAGGAAUCGUACUACUGCGAUGAGGAGAUCGAUGCCAUCGUCGCUAGCGAAGACAACCAGUCCAACGGGGAAGAACACGGACCAAGGCCACGUCCCACAUUCCUAGAUCUCGACGCUGGCGCCCGGUUUCAGCUGACCGGCACCGGCGCCACAAUACAGCAGCUGAACAAUCUCGAUCGCGACACACUGAACGCUCCACUGCGGUACGGCUUGGAAGGACCUGGUACGCCCGGUAUGACCGGUCCGGAUCCGGACGGGCCGAACUUUGUCAGUUUGCCGUGCGAAACGUUCCUGGUGGCGUGCAAAACCGAACAAGAUCUGCAGACUUCCGGUGACCAGACGGAGGCAAUCUAUGUGCAGCAUUUUGCGCACAAAUCGCCGCUCUAUUCGUCGGUCAACAUACCUUCGCGGGUUGGUGCGGCCGAACUGGUGGAAGCAGUUGAACGAGGAGGGAAGAAGAGUCUAAUGAAAUGGAAGGGAGCUACACUGCUGGGAGAUGAGGAGGAAGUUCAGGGCGAAGCAACGAAAGCGGCCGAGCAGGGGGCAACGGAACAGCAGCAGCAGGAUUCGCUGAUUACGCCGGAAGCGGAAGAUUCUAGUGCGGCAGCAACGGCUGGCACAACACUCAGCACCGCCACACCGACGACCGAACGCGAAUUGUUUGAUCUGAAUGCGAGCUGUGGAACGGACAGUGAAGGGAAUCAGAUUUUCACCGUUGAGCUUAACAAAGGAUGGAACAGUCGGCUCGGCUUCAGCCUAAAGCAGGACAAUGGCCCCAAUGGGUCAACCCGCACAGUCAUCAGCGCCAUCUACCGGGACAGUGUUGCAGCACGAGAUGGUCGAUUGCGAGUGGGCGACGUACUGAUAAUGGUUAACGAAGACUCGGUCGAAGCUGUACCGACGGCCCAAGUGAUCGAGCUGAUGCGAAUCGUGCGUGGAUCAAUCUUCAUCACACUCAUGCGGCCGUUCGGUGGUGUUGGUAGUGCCGAAAGUACCCUGGAACCGACACCAGAAGAACCGGUUGAGCCGUCCAACCCAGGCACGAUUACUUCAGUGCAUUCGGACGAACGUACUGAUGCUGAUAGUAAGGAGAGUGUCACCUCCACUACAACCGUAGCAAAGCAAGAAAAAGCAACCAGUGAAGCUUGUGACUUUGCCGAAGCUAGUGCAGAGCGUCAGUAG